CUUAUAUUUCCUCUCCAAAACUAUGAUCAGCUGUUUUACAAGUUUAAUCUUCUGGUUAUUCUUCACUGGAGCCAAGAAAGCCAACAACUCUUUGGCUUCGAAAUCUCAGAGAAAACAGCAGGAUUUUGUUAGAAAGAUUUUAGCAUUUUUAGGAAUUGUAGGGAGAGUUGGAAGUGGAGGAAGGAAUAGUGGUACUAUGUCUAAAAAGUCUUCAAAUUGCUUAAUAACUUUCACAUACACUAAAAAUAUUGAAGAGACCAAGCAUGCUCUUUUUCAAUCUAGCUAUGACUCACAAAUAAAUAAAUGUAAAAGAAUUAGGCAGGAUCGUGAGGAAAGAAAAGCCAAUAAAUCAAAUAAAAAAUCUUUGAAUAAAGACGAAUUGAUAGAAAAAUUAUGGAGAAUUCGUAACAGCUUUCCAAAUAUAUCUAAAAGAUUUCACCCAAGCUGAGAUGAAUGUAAGUGCUAA